CUUGAUAAAUAUUUGCUCAUAGCACGACUACAGAGUUCAUUUCUCUUAUUGACUACUUAAUAUAUUUGAUCUUACAUAACGUGUUUGAUCUUAACAUAAAAGAUAACGAUUGUCGAUGCAAACUUGAAUAAAAAUAUCAACGCGAAUCACUUCAUUUCAACCACAACAUGGCGUUGUCAAACACAGUAUGGAUCACUUUGGCGAUCGUUUGUGCCUCUUUGGUGGAAGGUUCUAUGGAUCGUAAGGACCGACAGGACCCAGAUUGGUGGAAGACCACAACGGUCUAUCAAAUCUAUCCAAGAUCUUUCAAAGACUCUGAUAAUGAUGGCACUGGUGACUUGAAAGGUAUUCAAUCCGAGUUGGAUUAUUUUGUGGAUCUUGGCAUCGAGACAGUUUGGUUGUCGCCUAUUUUCAAAAGUCCAAUGAAGGACUUUGGCUAUGAUGUGUCCGAUUUCAUCGACAUUGACCCGAUUUUUGGCACCUUGGAAGAUUUCAAGGAUUUAUUGGAAGCAGCACACUCUCGAGGGCUGAAAAUCGUAAUGGACUACGUUCCCAAUCAUUCCAGCGAUCAGCACGAAUGGUUUCAAAAGUCAUUGGAGAAGGAGGAUCCUUACACGGACUAUUAUGUGUGGGAAGAUGCGAUCGGUUUCGAUAACAACGGAGAUCCAAUUCCACCCAACAAUUGGUUAAGCUAUUUCCGAUAUUCCGCCUGGGAAUGGAACGAACAAAGACAACAGUUUUAUUUGCACCAGUUCGUGAAAGAGCAACCAGAUUUGAAUUACAGGAACCCAUUGGUGCUCAAAGAAAUGCAAGACGUCCUUACGUUUUGGAUGGAACUUGGUGUCGAUGGCUUUCGCAUGGAUGCUGUGGCUUACAUGUGGGAAGAUGAGCAAUUGUUGGACGAGCCUUUGAGUGGAGAUCCAAGUGCAUUGGAUGAGUUUGACUACUUCUACUUGGAUCAUAUCUAUACCAACAAUCUGGCUGAGACGCGAGACAUCAUUCUCGCAGCGUUUGAUCAGACCAUUAAAGAAUUUGGAGCUCAAGAUGGAUAUCCCAGGGUGAACAUGCUGGAGGUAUAUCUGGACAUUCAAGAUCACCUUCAGUAUUAUGAGUGUAGUGACUUCCCAUUUAACUUCUACCUGAUCUCAAAUACGGCCCAACCGCCCUCUGCCGUCAUGAUGUUUGAUGCCAUCAAUUACCUCCUCGAUAAUAUCGAAGAAGAUCAAGUUCCUAACUGGGUGCUGGGUAAUCAUGACAACUGGCGAGUCGGAUAUCGAUUGGGACCUAAGGUGGUGGAUACAAUGAAUAUGAUCCUUUUAACUCUGCCUGGAGUAUCUGUGUCUUACUAUGGAGAGGAGAUUGGCAUGACCAACAACAUGAACAUCACCUUUGAGCAAACCGUGGAUCCAUCAGGAUGCAAUUGUGGUCCACAAGAUUACAAUGAAGAGGUGUGUUCCAGGGACCCAGAACGAACACCAAUGCAAUGGAACAAUGGACCAAAUGCUGGUUUCAACGAAGGAGGUCCUACAUGGCUCCCUUUGAAUGAUAACUAUGUCAGUGUCAACGUAGAAAACCAACGAGAUGACCCUUACAGCCAUUUCUCCAUAUACAAGAAGAUGAUUGCCUUGAGGCAAGAAACCGCUCUUAGAUUUGGUUCAACCGUGACCAAAACCAUUGGAAAUGUUUUGGUCGUCGGACGAAUUUCAGAAACACCAGAAACCGUUCCCACAUUUGUUCUCGUGGCAAAUUUUGCCGAGACCUCAGCCACCGUUGACCUAUCGGAAAUGUUUUCCACACCUCAAUCUGAUACUGGAGUAGUCGUGGUUGCUACAGAUCUGCAAUCCGAUAACAGUGAAGGAUCCAUUGUUAGUCUCCAAAGUAUCACGCUUUCGCCAAUGGAAUCUUUUGUGUUCCAGUUGUAAGCAAUAAUGAGUGACUGACAAAUACGAAAUAAAUACUAGUAAGUGUUCAA